AGCCGGCAGCGCCUGCGCCCGGCAGCACCUGGCUCAGGUGAGCGCGCCGCGGAGCAGAGCCGCAGCCCAGGUGAGGAGCGCCCGAGCAGUGAGUGUCGCGGGAGGGGGGCGAAAACGCCGAGAAGGAAACUUCCCCCUCCCGACCCGUCUCUUGCAGGUAGGCUCCGUCCACUCCUGGGCUACGGUCGACGGUCAUUCCCGCUCCAGAAACCUGCCCGGGCCUUUGGCGGCUCCAGCUUCCCACCCUCGUGCGCUUUGCUUAUCCCCCUGCUCUCCGCGCUCCCUUCUAGCCCAUGUGUUUCCUCCUUGCCUGGCCCUCUGUGGAGUAUUAUUACCUCUUGCCCUUUCCUCCCCUCACUCUUCCAAAGCAUUUUUUUAAAAGGCUGGUGUUUGUUUUGUUCACAGUUUCUGUUUCCCAGAGUCUUCAUUUCCCUCCAAACUUCGCCCUCGUUGCUCUGGGCUCGAAUCUAAUGGAGGCUUCCUUGCAAAUAAUAGCUUGGUAGUAAGAGGACACUGCGAAAGCCUGAGGGGAAGAAGGGCUCCUUUGACUAUAGCCUUGGGUUGGAAGAAAAGUUCCUGCUCUGGGGCCGUCCACACAAGCAGGAGUUGCUUUACUUGGGACAAGUAAAUAACCUCUUGGGAUUUAAAUCAGUGGACGAUCUACAGGACUGUUGUGCUACACGACUCUUGCGUGUUUACUGUGAAGUAGAUGGGGAAGGCCAGGGCUUCACUAGAUAAUAUUGAACUUGGUAGGAGCUGCUCUUUAGUGCAUGUAGCUCCUGCUACUGGAAUGUGCCUGAGCCUAAAAUUUCCAGGUGAUUUGGGAAACAUUGGAAGUUGCCCUGUGCCCAGAUUUUUGUCAGCUCAAUAUUGUCUACAGAGCCCCCCUCCUCUGGUCUGGAUUUCAGACAGGAGACUUUCCCAGCCCUACCUGGAGCUGCCAGGGCUUCGAAUGGCAACCUCUGUAUGCAAAGCAUGGGUUUUGCUAUGGAGCAACUGUCCUUGUAUGCUGUGGCACACAACUGGAGAGAGUUGGCUGGGAACUGAACUUCCUGCCUACUCCUGAGAACAAAGUAAUUGGGUCCAGUUAAAUGGAUCCAGGAAGGAUCUAACCAUGCUUACAACUAAGUCUGAGGAUAAUAGGCUAUCCUCAGUCCAUUUUUCUUGUGGGUUACUUGAGUUAAGACAGACCUUUUGUCAUGGUAACUGAGGUGUUUGAUGCAGGUUGAUUAACUUAGUUUGGCAUUGUUAUGCAGAUUGUCCUCAAGUUUCAGAUCUGAGAUUAAAGUCUUCAUUUAUAGCAGGCCUUGUGCAGCUGCACCAGAGAGGAGUUGUAAACACUUAUGUUACCUCAUCAUGUGCAUUUCUAGAAUGACCACUUUUCUUGUGCCUCAUCAAAGGACAGGGUUUAAUAAUUUGUAAUAUAAGUGCUUAACUUUGUGGUAUUUGGUCUAAAAAGCCAGAUAGCCUAGUUACAAUAAAGUGGGGAGCUUUAUCUCUGUGGAUGAUGCUUGGUGAUAUUCAGUGUGGAAUAAUAAAACUGAAGGCAGAGCUUUAAAGUUUGAUAGUUUAUUAUGUUAAAAAUUAGUAAUGGAGGUACGACCAUGCAAAGUAAGGGGUGAGGAGCCUCAGGCCCAGGGUCCUCCAGGCCUCUCUGUCUGGCAUGUGGUCCUGUCCCCAGACUCUACAUCCUUCUCAGCCACACUCCCUUCCCUAGCCUUUCUUCAUACCCUGCCCCCCCCCUUGAGUGUUUUUGCCUCUCUGAAGUGUUUCCUUGAACUCUGAGUGCCUCUUAGUUGGUUUGGGGGGGGGAGUACAGCUUAAAGAUAAAAUUUGCAUUUGUUUCUUCAUUUUUGCUUUUGGCUCUGCCCAUCACUAUCUUGUGGCCUAGAAAUGUAGCCCUCAUUCUGAAAAAGGUUCCCCACUCUGGAUGUUUAGAGAAGCAUUUAUUUAUUAACUUCUAUCCCAUCCUUCCUCCCAAAUGAGCUGGGUAAAAAGCUGGACAUCGAAGUGGUAAGACGUUCUUAUUUAAACAAACUACCCAGUUGUUCUGGGACGUGGGUGGUGCUAUGGUCUAGACCACAGAACCUAGGGCUUGCCGAUCAGAAGGUUGGCAGUUCAAAUCCCCGUGACGGGGUGAGCUCCCGUUGCUUCGGUUCCAGCUCCUGCCAACCUAGCAGUUCAAAAGUACGUCAAAGUGCAAGUAGAUAAAUAGGUACCGCUCCAGCGGGAAGGUAAAUGGCAUUUCCGUGCACUGCUCUGGUUUCGCCAGAAGCAGCUUAGUCAUGCUGGCCACAUGACCCAGAAGCUGUCUGCGGACAAACGCCAGCUCCCUCGGCCAGUAAAGCGAGAUGAGCGCCACAACCCCAGAGUCGUUCGCGACUGGACUUAAUUGUCAGGGGUCCUUUACCUUUUUAUGUAUUUCAGCUUUCAUAUAUAUAUAUAUAUAUAUAUAUAUAUAUAUAUAUAUAUAUGAAACAGAAUGUUCUUAAGUUGCUUCUAAAACUUAAUAAUGAUAAAUUAAUAACAAUAAGCAAUAAGUAUGCCACUUCUUUCCAACCUACUUCAUAGGCAUAAAUAUGCUGCAGACAAGGGCUAACGGGUAGGAUGUUGGUCCCUGUGAACAAUUUUGAGGAUAGGGUUGUGAUCUUCUUACGUGAUGUCUCCAUAUGGUGACCUGCCUGUUAAAGGCACUGUAUCUCAGUUGGGAGUGGGGAGGAGGGAAAUGAAGCAGUCCUAUUUGGAUAUUUGCUGGUCCUGACAAAGUUUUUACCCUUUGAGGAUGGAACACUGAAAUAGUGUUGGUCUGUUUUCCAGCAGUCGUUCUUCGAAGUUUAGCUCCCAAGGAGACAAAUAUGACUGGGGGAUGCAUCUUGCUUCUAGCGCACACGCAUAUAAGUACAGUGGUACCUCAGGUUAAGUACUUAAUUCGUUCUGGAGGUCUGUACUUAACCUGAAACUGUUCUUAACCUGAAGACCACUUUAGCUAAUGGGGCCUCCUGCUGCUGCCGCGCCACUGGAGCACAAUUUCUGUUCUCAUCCUGAAGCAAAGUUCUUAACCUGAAGCACUAUGUCUGGGUUAGCGGAGUAUGUAACCUGAAGCGUCUGUAACCUGAGGCGUAUGUAACCCGAGGUACCACUGUAUGUGCACGUGAAUGGAAAUGUGUUUAUGUCCUGCACAGGCUGCUAUUUGACACACCGUAGGCGAGAACAAGAAUAUUGGAAGCAUGUCUGUAUUUUUCUUUGUGGAAUGUUUGAGGGGGUGUACUUGAGACAACGUAAGGAAAACAAAACUGCAUUUGAGAUUGGUGAAGUAAGAUAUACUGAAUGUGCAGCAAUGACUUCACAGGGUCAGAAAAGUGUUGGGAAGGUUUAUUCAACUCAUUUAGGAGCUUAAGGAUAAGAACUGCACAAAGCAAUUUUGAGCAGCAUGCCUUCAAGUUACCAGCAUGGGGCAUACAAAUAGCCUGCAGUAGUAUCUGAAGAGCAUUCUUAGAUAACUGUCUGCCUAGUUUGCCGACAUACAAGUCUGUGAAGCAAGAGGUGGGAUUUGUACUUUCGGUUUCCCUAAUUUGGUCGUGCCAGAGCCCUGCCUAAUGUUAAGUGACUGCAGUACAGUGGUACCUUGGGUUAAGAACUUAAUUUGUUCUGGAGGUCCGUUCCUAACCUGAAACUGUUCUUAACCUGAAGCACCACUUUAGCUAAUGGGGCCUCCCGCUGCCGCUGGACAAUUUUUGUUCUCAUUCUGAAGCAAAGUUCUUAACUGGAGGUACAAUUUCUGGGUUAGCGAAGUCUGUAACCUGAAGCGUCUGUAACCCAAGGUACCACUGUACUUUGGAUACUGCACUACAGUACUUCCUUAGCUCUCAUGAGGAAGUUUUCUUUUCUUUUAUGAUAGGGCUUGUGAUCAGUUGUUGUCAGAGAAAUAUGUUUCAGCAUAUAUUUGGUUUCACUGUAACAAUGGAAAUCACCUUUUUAAAAAGGCUGGGACAAAUUUGCAUAUGGUCAAAUUUUGUCUGGGCUAAAAUAACCAAUAACUGGCUAUUACAGAAAUACCUUUUUUCCUUAAAAAAUGGUAUUUGAGCAAGAGGGAAGCUGCAUUUCAGCAGGAGGGACAGAGGAUGCCUUUUAUCUUCAGGCACAGUUAUGCAUAUACAUUAUGUCUUCGUCAUUGUGCCACACUAGCAAAAACCUUUAAAAGGAGAUUCCAGCACACAGCUGUAGGAAUUCAUUUACAAAACUGAAACUAUCGGACUUGGGUUCACAUAAGAGACUGGGAGUGGCUAGCUCCCUACAGAAAAUUGUUGUCCCUCUUUAGGUGCUUAUACAUGUGACUAAUCUUCCUUUGCCAAUUCAUCACCGGUUGAGAGUAAGUCACGCCUACUAUGAUUUCAUCUCUUAGUCUGGCUGGAUCACCUUUUCAUUUGUGCUCUGCAUGGUAAUCUUUUACAUUGCUUGGCUUCACAUUCCUUCCUGCCCUCGUUUUUUUCCCUUCUCUCAUGGUAUAACUGAUGCUGACAUUAACACAUGCUUCUGAUGAAGUGUCUCACGAAAACAAUGUAUCUGUCAGCCUGUUGCAGGAAAAAUGAGGAGUUGUGUGGCAACCCCUCUGGCUGGCUUCUUGCAAGGUGUUUGGUGAGCACUGCCUGCAAAUAUAGUGUUUUGUGUCUUGCUCUGUAGUUAACCUGUGCACUUCAUUUCACUUAUAUUGCAUGUAGUUGGAGAAACUGUGUUUGCUGCCACACACGCCUGAGGUAAAGGUUUGCAGUCAAUUUCUUGAAUGCCUCUGUUUGUUUUUUUGUAUUGAUUGUCAUUUUCGCUACUGUGGCUAACAGAAUAACAAUAGCAACCUGCUUAUUUAAAUUUAUACACAUCCCAUCUUUUUGCAGAAAGCAGGUCUCCAAAGCUUCUGGCAAUAAGUGAAAAAUAAUAAACAAUAAACACAAAGUUCUUUUUAAAAAUAAUGGUGGGGAGAGUAAUUGAAAAUAUCUGCUCCCCAUGUCUUAUGGCUUCAAAGAACCAUAGAAUUGUAGAGUUGGAAGGGAUCCCAAAGGUCAUCUAGCCCAACCCCCUGCAGUGUAGGAAUCUCAACCAAAGCAUCCAUGAUAGAUGGCCAUGCAACCUCUGCUUAGAAACCUCCAAUGAAGUAGAGUCCACCACCUUCCAAGGGAGUCCAUUCCAUUGUUAAACAGCUCUUACCAUCAGAAAGUUCUUCCUGAUGUUUAGUCAAAAUACCACAGUUCAAGAAGGACACUGACAAACUGGAACGUGUCCAGAGGAGGGCAACCAAAAUGGUCAAAGGCCUGGAAACGAUGCCUUAUGAGGAACGGCUAAGGGAGCUGGGCAUGUUUAGCCUGGAGAAGAGGAGGUUAAGGGGUGAUAUGAUAGCCAUGUUCAAACAUAUAAAAGGAUGUCACAUAGAGGAGGGAGAAAGGUUGUUUUCUGCUGCUCCAGAGAAGCGGACACGGAGCAAUGGAUCCAAACUACAAGAAAGAAGAUUCCACCUAAACAUUAGGAAGAACUUCCUGACAGUAAGAGCUGUUCGACAGUGGAAUUUGCUGCCAAGGAGUGUGGUGGAGUCUCCUUCUUUGGAGGUCUUUAAGCAGAGGCUUGACAACCAUAUGUCAGGAGUGCUCUGAUGGUGUUUCCUGCUUGGCAGGGGGUUGGACUCGAUGGCCCUUGUGGUCUCUUCCAGCUCUAUGAUUCUAUGAUUCUAUGAUUCUAUGAUUCUAUGAUUCUACUUUCUUGUAACUUGAAGCCAUUGGUUCAGUACCUAACCUAUGAAGCCGGAGAAAGUAAGCUUGCUCCAUCUUCCAUGUGACUGCCCUUUAGAUAUUUGAAGAUGGCUGUUGUAUCUCUUCUCAAUCUCCUUUUAUCAAGGCUAAACAUACUCAACUUCCUCAACCAUUCCUCACAAGGCUUGGUUUCCAGACCGUUUAUCAUCUUGGUCACCCUCCUCUGCAUACGUUCCAGCUUGUCAAUAUCCUUCUUAAAUUGUGGUGCCCAGAAUUGGACACAGUAUUCCAGGUGGGGGGUCUGACUGAGGCAGAGUACAAUGGGACUAUUACUUCCGUUGAUCUGGAUACCAUAUUGCAUUCUGUUGAUGCAGCCUAGAGGAGCAUUAGCUUUUUUUGCUGCUCGAUCGCACUGUUGACUCAUGUUAAGCUUGUGGUCUAUUAAGACUCCUAGAUCAUUUUCACAUGUACUGCUAGUAAGUCAGAUGUCCCCCAUCUUAUUUUCAUGCAGCUGGUUCUUCCAGUCAAAGUGUAGAACCUUACAUACCGGUAUGUCUCUAUUGAAAUUCAUUCUGUUAGUUUUUGUCCAGCUCUGCAAUCCAUUAAGGUCAUCUUGAAUCCUGAUUCUGUCUUCUGCAUCAUUAUCUACACCUCCCAAUUCGGUGUUGUCAGGGGUUCAGGAGCAGAGGCACAGGAAAGGGAGGAAAUAGAGAGCGAGGGGGAGGAGUCCGAAGGAAAUGUUAGCGAUGACAGCGGUCCGAGGUCUCUGAGUCUUUCCAGCGAAUCGGAAGAUUCACAGAAAGGGGCUCCCUUGGUCAGAGCAAGGGGGUGCCGAGGGGACACCCCAGGAAGAAGGGGCCAGAGGGGACUCAGAGAGCAGCAGUUGGAAAUCAGGACCAGCGUCCACACCAGAGUGCAGUAAGGGGAGGAGUCCCAGGCAUCGGGAUCAGGCGGCGCACUGCCAGUGGGAGGACAUGAGUCAGGAUUGGCCACGCCUCCAUCGGGGAGCGAGGAAACGGUCGAGAGGAAGGUUGAAGGCUGGGCGCGCGAGCCAAGUUCAUAUGUACAGGAGGGCGGCGCCGGUGGCAGCCCGGAUAGGGAGCCAGGUCCCAACGCCCGCCGACCCGCGGGGGCGGAGUCAGGGGGGUCAGCGUCAGAAGAAUCCAGGAAGGAAGGGACCCCGGGGGGUAGCAGGACCCAGAGGAGAAAGGAGAGACGUAAGAGGUGGAGUAAGGCUAGAAUCUUAAACUGGUGUACAGGGGGCGGAGACUCAGAUGGAGCUUCGCCGAUCUAACCCCUAGACGUAGAGCUGGGGCGCUCCGGCUUGAAAAUGGAAACUGUACUUCAAUAAAGACUUUUGCACAUUACUGCCGGCUAGCGUUGGUCCUCUGUGAGCUGGGACCUGGAGCCAGCUCUGACAGUAAGCUCCAUCUCUUAAAGUUUUGCACCAAAAACCUCGUAACGUGAGUGGACGCAGCGAGGGAAGAAGAUUGGUGCUUUGCGAGCUCACAAAAGUCAGGCAAGAUGACUACAGAACAGCAACUAGCAGCCCUGCAAAAUGCAGUGACACAACUCAACGCGGAGGUACUCGCAUCCAGGAAAAGGGAAGAGGAAGCGGCUGCCGCCUGCAGGGAUCCCAAGCCAGGUUGGAAGUGCUUGCUAAGCAGGGGCAACCGGGACCCAAAUCAGAGGGGAUUGGGCUGGGGAAAGAGGAGGCAGCCUGGUAUCUCAUUUCGAUGGGAAUUUGCAGCAGUACCCUAACUUCCGAGCAGACGUGCUGUUUGCGCUGGAACUGCUGGAUAAAGACUUUAGAGAUGAGCAAGAGAAGGUGGGGUUUAUCUUGUCCCAUUUGCAUGGGGAAGCUAAAGCGUGGCUGCGCAAUCUGUGGAGAGAUAAGGAUCCGGCGCUCCAAAAUGCGGAUGCAUUCAUUAAAGCGAUGGAUUCGUGUUUUUAUCAAAUAUAGACAUUGAUAUCGCCAGAAAAAGACAUACAUGGGCUCAAACAAGGCAGAGCCAGUGUAAGGCAGUACCAUUCCCGCUUUUUGCAUUAGUCCAUGCGCUGGGAUGGGAGAAGGAUUCUGCCCCAGUCAGAGACCUUUUUGGGAAGGCUUGAAUGCAAAUGUGAAAGAUGAGAUUGCAAGGGGGGAGAGACCAAAGAGCACUCAGGAGGUUGUCCGGCGGGCGCUGCAAAUUGGGGUGCGUCUGGAAGAACGUCCAUGGAACAGAGAAGAAGGACGUUGGGGACGUACGCCAGUGAGAGCACCUCCCUCUUUCCCAAGGAUACAGCGCGUGUGCAAUCCCCACCUCCGCAAGGAGGGAGAGCAACCGAUGGAGAUUGGAGGCGCCAGGGCUCAGUCAACAACCAGAGCCUUAACACCGGGAGCAGUCAAAGCGAAGCCUCCUAGAGGGACAGGAAGUGCUACAUCUGCGACAGUGCUCAGCACAUGGCGAAAGAGUGUCCCCAGAGGCUCCACAAGCACACUGCAGCCUCAGCAACAGUAACAGAAGCAACUCAGCAGAGAGAAACACAGCAGGGAAACGACAGAGUCUGGUUGGAGGAAGAGGCACUGGGGCCCAACCAGACAAGUCAAUGAAGCCGUCCCCAGAGAUUUUGCAGCCCACAGACCCCCUCCCGCCCAAACCAGUGGUGCAGCUCACAGCAUCGCUCCAACUACCCAAUGGACUCACUAUGGAAGUGCCGAUUACCAUUGACUCUGGUAGUAACGCAGACUUCAUAGGACUGGAUUUCCUUCAAGAGCACAACAUAGCACUCCUGCCAGCCACGCUGCCUCUGAAAGUUGUCACGGUGGAUGGCAGGGAAGUGCUGGGGGCAGGUGGUGCAGCAAACGCCUCCGAUGCUAAUGCAAAUUGGGAAUCACCGAGAAGUCAUCAGCUUCAAUGUCACCCAACUGUCGGACACGCCUAUAGUAUUAGGCAUGAGUUGGCUGCACAGGCACAGCCCAGCAUUGGCGUGGUACCAGCGACAACUGACCUUCGGCUCCUCAUACUGUGCGGAACAUUGCAUUCUGCCUAGCCCGGAAGGGGAAGAGGAUGACCCGCAGCUACAAUUAGGCACGCUGCAAGCAGUGCCACUCAAGUACGCAGCGUUUUUGGAGGUUUUCUGCGAGAAGGAAGCGGACAAGCUACCUCCCCACAGGUCUUAUGACUGCAAGAUUGACCUCCUGCCAGGCGCGACGCUGCCACCCGGGCACCUGUAUUCCAUGUCCGAAGACGAGCUGCAGGAACUCAGGGAGUUCAUAGACCUCAACUUGAAGCGCGGUUUCAUCCGGGAGUCGAAGGCAGUUGGGGGCAGUCCUGUAUUCUUUGUGAAGAAGAAGGACACGCCCCAAAAAAGGCUUGUGGUGGACUAUAGAAUUUUGAACUCAAAAACCAAGCCCACAGCCUUUCCCAUGCCCAAGAUAGAUGACCUGCUCGCAACGGUGAGGAAAGGACGCGUUUUCACAAAGUUGGAUCUGCGAGGGCGUACAACCUGAUUCGCAUACGGGAGGGCGACGAAUGGAAGACUGCCAUGUUCACGCCCCUGGGCACCUAUGAAUACAGAGUUAUGCCCUUUGGAUUACAAAAUGGCUCCCACUGUUUUCAAGCCUUCAUGCAUCACGUAUUGGCGGGUCUCCUCUACAAGAAAUGCGUCUGCUUCCUGGACGACAUCCUGAUAUUUUCAGAAUCAGAGGAGGCCCACGAGGGAGACGUCAAGGAAGUUCUGCAGAGACUGCAGGAGCACAGGCUGUACGCCAAGCUGGAAAAGUGCCAGUUCGACAUGAAGGAAGUAGAUUUCCUGGGCUACAAGUUGUCGGACAAGGGGCUCGCCAUGGACAGCGCCAAGGUUCGCUCAGUGUUGGACUGGAAGAGCCCGCGCAAUCGGAAGGAGGUCCAACGGUUUGUCGGUUUCGCCAACUUUUACCGCAAGUUCAUCAAGGGGUUCGCGAUGCAGACGGCAGCCAUUACCGACACACUCAGCUCCAAGAAGAAGAAGUUCAUCUGGACGGAGCAAGCGGAACAGUCCUUUCAGAAACUCAAGCGUCUCUUCUCGUCCGAAGAGCAGCUACUGCAUGUGAAUCCCAGCAGACCGAUGAGGGUUGAAACGGACGCCUCAGACAGAGCCGUGGGAGCAGUACUGUUGCAGCAAGACCCGCAUGGGGACUGGAGGCCGUGUGCCUUCUACUCCAGGAAGCUCAGCAAGUCAGAGCAGAACUACACCAUCUGGGACAGGGAGUUGCUGGCCAUUCAUGCAGCAUUCAAGGCGUGGCGGCACUUCCUCAUUGGAGCCAAACACACAGUGCAGGUCCGCACGGACCAUAAAAACCUGGAGUACUGGCGCACGGCAAGGUUCCUGAACCAGAGGCACAUACGAUGGGCGGAGUUCUUUGCGGAUUUCGACUUCAGGAUAGAGUACAUCCCAGGCGACAACAACAUCAUGGCGGAUGCACUGUCCAGAAAGCCGCAAUACCUCGAGGAGGCGGCACCAGCAGCGGCCAAGCACAUUUCGCACCGCAAGCGUGGGCGUGCGCUUCAGCAACCGUGGACCUGGAUGCUGUACGUCGAGCACUGCAGGAGGACCCCUUCGCGCAAGCAAAGAUGGCAGAGGUGCAAGGGGCACGGCGGAGGACGACGAGUUCCAGAUACGCGACGGAUUGCUCAUCCGCAGAGGGGCCCUCUACGUACCGGGAGACGACCUCCGCGCGAAAGUACUGCAGCAGUUGCACGACGCACCCACCGCCGGGCACUUUGGCAAAGAGAAGACGGUAGAAUUAGUAGCCAGAGAUUUUGGUGGCCCAAGAUGCGGGGGGAAGUCGCGGAUUACGUCUCGAGGUGUGACACCUGCCAAAGGGCCAAGUCAGUGCACAAACCGCCGGCGGGACUGCUCGAACCGCUGCAGACACCGAUCGAACCGUGGGAGAGGGUGGCCCUGGACUUUGUCACGGAUCUACCCAGCUCGGGGCAAGACGGCAGUGCUAGUGGUGGUGGACAUGUUCACCAAAAUGGCCCACUUCAUUCCGUGCGCGAAGGUGGCCACGGCGGAACAGACCGCCAAACUGUUCAUAGACCACGUGUUCAGGGUUCACGGUCUGCCACGGUCUAUCCUGUCCGACCGGGGCGACAGUUCAUCUCGAACUUCUGGCAGAAGCUGAUGGGUUUCCUGAACGUCAAGAUCAACCUAGCGUCGGCGAGACACCCGCAGACGAACGGACAAGCGGAGCGAGUCAACGCCAUCAUGCAGCAGUACCUGCGAUGCUACGCAAAUCAGCAGCCGGCAACAUGGGUGGACUACCUGCCGCUCGCUGAGUUCGCCUACAACAACACGAAGCACGUGUCCACGGGGGUGACACCGUUCUUCGCCAACAACGGGAGGCAUCCCAGAACCUUCCCGGGAUUAGCGAGAGCGGGGAGGGGAGCCACAGGCAGCGGAAGCCUUAGCAUCAGAGUUGCAGGAGGUUCACGAACAGCUUAGGAGGCAGUUAGAACUAGCAAAGCACGCAUACAAACUGCAGGCUGACAAGCACAGGAGGGUUGGGGAAGACAUACAGGUGGGAGACUGGGUUUGGUUAGCAGCCCAGGCAGUGCCGGCCAGAUCGUUAGCGAAGAAGAAGCUAGGGCAUAAGCAGCUAGGACCCUACCAAGUCGAGGCACAGGUCAAUCCAGUGGCUUUCCGGUUGACACUGCCGGAGGGAUCCAGAAUGCACCCAGUUUUCCAUAGAUCAGUGCUCACGCCCUACAAAGCACCUCAUAGAUUUCAGGAGCCAGGAACGGCACCAGACCCGUUCAGGGAAACGCCCACAAGGGGGUCGCCAAGGCGGGAACCCGUCAACGAAGUCACAGAGAUUUUAGACUCGAGAUGGGGGAGGAGGGAGUGGAAUACCUCCUCGCCAAGGAAGGUACCCCGGCUAGCGCCAACAGUUGGGUGCCAGAUUAUGCUCUGGAGGAAUCUUGGCUCAAGGACGAGUUCCAUGCACUUUUCCCACACAGGCCCAUGCCAGCCGAGUAUUUCGACGACUGGCUUUUCACACCCACAUUUUCAGCUAGCACAUUCCAGGGGUUCACCUCGGACGAGGAACCGGCACUAGAAGCACGUUCCCCGGAGGGAUCACCCUCGGGGUCUGCCUCAGACCGUUCCUAUUGGUGGGACACUCAACCAGAGGAGCAGUGGCGCAGGAAGUGGUUGGGGGGUCCUUGGCAGGCAACGUCCCCGGAGGAGACCGGGGGGGGACCUUGGGUUCGAGCACGGCGGCAAAGAGAUGGAAGCAGAGGAAAUUGAGGUCGGCGAGAGCACGGAGGACGAGCCGGACUUAUCCGGCUGGAUGCACGCCACGGGGACGAACUGUAUCCGGCACUCACCCCCACAACGACGGAGCACCCAGUACCCACACCUGAAGGAGGGGAGGGGGAAGGGGGGCUUCGAGGGGGAUGGAUGUCAGGGGUUCAGGAGCAGAGGCACAGGAAAGGGAGGAAAUAGAGAGCGAGGGGGGGAGUCCGAAGGAAAUGUUAGCGAUGACAGCGGUCCGAGGUCUCUGAGUCUUUCCAGCGAAUCGGAAGAUUCACAGAAAGGGGCUCCCUUGGUCAGAGCAAGGGGGUGCCGAGGGGGACACCCCAGGAAGAAGGGGCCAGAGGGGACUCAGAGAGCAGCAGUUGGAAAUCAGGACCAGCGUCCACACCAGCGUGCAGUAGGGGGGAGGAGUCCCAGGCAUCGGGAUCAGGCGGCGCACUGCCAGUGGGAGGACAUGAGUCAGGAUUGGCCACGCCUCCAUCGGGGAGCGAGGAAACGGUCGAGAGGAAGGUUGAAGGCUGGGCGCGCGCGCCAAGUUCAAAUGUACAGGAGGGCGGCGCAGUUGGCAGCCCGGAUAGGGAGCCAGGUCCCAAAGCCCGCCGAAAGAGGGGGAGGAGUCAGCGGGGUCAGCGUCAGAAGAAUCCAGGAAGGAAGGGACCCGGGGGUAGCAGGACCCAGAGGAGAAAGGAGAGACGUAAGAGGUGGAGUAAGGCUAGAAUCUUAAACUGGUGUACAGGGGCGGAGACUCAGAUGGAGCUUCGCCGAUCUAACCCCUAGACGUAGAGCUGGGGCGCUCCGGCUUGAAAAUGGAAACUGUACUUCAAUAAAGACUUUUGCACAUUACUGCCGGCUAGCGUUGGUCCUCUGUGAGCUGGGACCUGGAGCCAGCUCUGACAGGUGUCAUUUGCAGAUUUGAUGGGCAUCCCAUCAAUUCCCCUAUCCAGUUGUGAUGAAAAGACCACCUGUGUCCCAAGUCCCUUCAGGAACCAGGAACACCAUUCACAUCAAUUCAGUGUCAUGUCCUCAAGGCAUUAAAUGGGAUUUGUAAACACUCCAGUGUUGCCCCCUUUCCCCCCCUUCUGGCCUCUGCAUGGCUAAGUCUUUCUUCUCUUCGCCAAGUUCCUCUUAUCCUGCUGCUUUCCCUGGGGAAAACCGCUCUUUAGUGGUCAGUUGGAGCAAAGAGCAAUUGGGUUUUCCGUGGAUUGCAGUUUGUUCUGGCUUAAAGCUAGAGAGUGGGUUUAGGGUGGGAAAGGAGCGGGGCAAGGGGAAAACUGUUUGGACCCGUUCUUUCUAGACACUGGACGAGCAGAAGUGGGGGCAAGGCCUUAGAUAUUUCUGCUGCUGGUUUGACUAUCCCAGCUGCUGCUAUUCAAAGAUUCUCUAGUGAUCAUAGUCACAAAUAAUGACUAAUCUGUAAUGGUGGUACUAAUUAUCAUGUGUUGGAUGCUUUGUCUUUGCACUAUGGUCAACAGCCUAAUGAGGAAGAUGACCUUCUUUCUCUUCUGUCUUUUGUCCUUUUUAACCACCCCUCUUCACCACUGGAUCCCUUUAUUUUUCCUCUUGUCUGUCAUAUUUGCUGUUGUGUUAGUUUUCUGUCUUAUAGGGUUGUUUUUUAGUGGGGAAUGAGCUUUGUUCUCUGUGUGUGUGUUGUCUAUUUCCUUAUUGCUUUUUGUGUGUUUGGGCUAUGAUGUCACCUGUUGAUGUACCAUUGCAGCUCUGGCACUACACCUGAGCAGUUGCAGGGAUUCAUUACUGGGUGACUGGGUGUCUGUUCACUGAUUCCUUAAUAUUUUGCAGCAGUGGAUGGUGUCUGCAUUGGAACUUCCAUCUUCUGCGUUGGCACAUGAAGUCUAAAUGCCCAAUCAUACUUUGAAUGUAAGGCCCUACUUUUGCACUUGAGUAUAAAGCAUUGCUGGGGACGCUGGUGGUGCUGUGGUCUAAAUCACUGAGCCUAGGAAGGUCAGUGGUUCGAAUCCCCGCGACGGGGUGAGCUCUCGUUGCUUGGUCCCAGCUCCUGCCAACCCAGCAGUUCGAAAGCACAUCAAAGAUAAAUAGGUACCACUCCGGUGGGAAGGUAAACGGCGUUUCUGUGUGCUGCUCUGGUUUCUCCAGAAGCAGCUUAGUCAUGCUGGCCACAUGACCUGGAAAAACUGUCUGCGGACAAACGUUGGCUCCCUCGGCCAGUAAAGUGAGAUGAGUGCUGCAGCCUCAGAGUCGUUUGCGACUGGACUUAACUGUCAGGGGUCCUUUACCUUUACCUUUUUAUAAGGCAUUGCUGCUUGGUAGUUCUGUUUGUGUGGCUCCACUUCUUCAAUGAUGGAGCUGUUGACUUGCUGUGGAUCAUAUGUUCCUCCCCUGCUGUGUAGCAUCAUGCUCUGGUAAUGGAUGCUUUAGUUGACUGCAUUGAUGAGUAUUGUCAGAGCUGGCUCCAGGUCCCAGCUCACAGAGGACCAACGCUAGCCGGCAGUAAUGUGCAAAAGUCUUUAUUGAAGUACAGUUUCCAUUUUCAAGCCGGAGCGCCCCAGCUCUACGUCUAGGGGUUAGAUCGGCGAAGCUCCAUCUGAGUCUCCGCCCCCUGUACACCAGUUUAAGAUUCUAGCCUUACUCCACCUCUUACGUCUCUCCUUUCUCCUCUGGGUCCUGCUACCCCCCGGGGUCCCUUCCUUCCUGGAUUCUUCUGACGCUGACCCUCCUGACUCCUCCCCCUCUUUUCGGCGGGCUUUGGGACCUGGCUCCCUAUCCGGGCUGCCAACUGCGCCGCCCUCCUGUACAUUUGAACUUGGCGCGCGCGCCCAGCCUUCAACCUUCCUCUCGACCGUUUCCUCGCUCCCCGAUGGAGGCGUGGCCAAUCCUGACUCAUGUCCUCCCACUGGCAGUGCGCCGCCUGAUCCCGAUGCCUGGGACUCCUCCCCCCUACUGCACUCUGGUGUGGACGCUGGUCCUGAUUUCCAACUGCUGCUCUCUGAGUCCCCUCUGGCCCCUUCUUCCUGGGGUGUCCCCCUCGGCACCCCCCUUUCUCUGACCAAGGGAGCCCCUUUCUGUGAAUCUUCCGAUUCGCUGGAAAGACUCAGAGACCUCGGACCGCUGUCAUCGCUAACAUUUCCUUCGGACUCCUCCCCCUCGCUCUCUAUUUCCUCCCUUUCCUGUGCCUCUGCUCCUGAACCCCUGACAUCCAUCCCCCCCUCGAAGCCCCCCCAUCCCCCCACCCCACCAUCAGGUGUGGGUACUGGGUGCUCCGUCGGUGUGGGGGUGAGUGCCGGAUACAGUUCGUCCCCCCGGGCGUGCAUCCAGCCGGAUAAGUCCGGCUCGUCCUCCGUGCGCUCGCCGACCUCAAUUUCCUCUGCUUCCAUCUCUUUGCCGCCGUGCUCGACCCCAAGGUCCUCCCCCACCACGUCCAUGUCCGACUCUACCCGGUCUCCUCCGGGGACGUUGCCUGCCAAGGACCCCCCAACCACUUCCUGCGCCACUGCUCCUCUGGUUGAUUGUCCCACCAAUAGGAACGGUCUGAGGCAGACCCCGAGGGUGAUCCCUCCGGGGAACGUGUUUCUAGUGCCGGUUCCUCGUCCGAGGUGAACCCCUGGAAUGUGCUAGCUGAAAAUGUGGGUGUGAAAAGCCAGUCGUCGAAAUACUCGGCUGGCAUGGGCCUGUGUGGGAAAAGGGCAUGGAACUCGUCCUUAAGCCAAGAUUCCUCCAGAGCAUAAUCUGGCACCCAACUGUUGGCGCUAGCCGGGGUACCUUCCUUGGCGAGGAGGUAUUCCACUCCCUCCUCCCCCCCCAUCUCGAGUCUAAAAUCUCUGUGACUUCGUUGACGGGUUCCCGCCUUGGCGACCCCCCCCUUGUGGGCGUUUCCCUGAACGGGUCUGGUGCCGUUCCUGGCUCCUGAAAUCUAUGAGGUGCUUUGUAGGGCGUGAGCACUGAUCUAUGGAAAACUGGGUGCAUUCUGGAUCCCUCCGGCAGUGUCAACCGGAAGGCCACUGGAUUGACCUGUGCCUCGACUUGGUAGGGUCCUAGCUGCUUAUGCCCUAGCUUCUUCUUCGCUAACGAUCUGGCCGGCACUGCCUGGGCUGCUAACCAAACCCAGUCUCCCACCUGUAUGUCUUCCCCAACCCUUCUGUGCUUGUCAGCCUGCAGUUUGUAUGCGUGCUUUGCUAGUUCUAACUGCCUCCGAAGCUGUUCGUGAACCUCCUGCAACUCUGAUGCUAAGGCUUCCGCUGCCUGUGGCUCCCCUCCCCCUCUCUCGCUAAUCCCGGGAAGGUUCUGGGAUGCCUCCCGUUGUUGGCGAAGAACGGUGUCACCCCGUGGACACGUGCUUCGUGUUGUUGUAGGCGAACUCAGCGAGCGGCAGGUAGUCCACCCAUGUUGCCGGCUGCUGAUUUGCGUAGCAUCGCAGGUACUGCUGCAUGAUGGCGUUGACUCGCUCCGCUUGUCCGUUCGUCUGCGGGUGUCUCGCCGACGCUAGGUUGAUCUUGACGUUCAGGAAACCCAUCAGCUUCUGCCAGAAGUUCGAGAUGAACUGUCGCCCCCGGUCGGACAGGAUAGACCGUGGCAGACCGUGAACCCUGAACACGUGGUCUAUGAACAGUUUGGCGGUCUGUUCCGCCGUGGCCACCUUCGCGCACGGAAUGAAGUGGGCCAUUUUGGUGAACAUGUCCACCACCACUAGCACUGCCGUCUUGCCCCUCGAGCUGGGUAGAUCCGUGACAAAGUCCAGGGCCACCCUCUCCCACGGUUCGAUCGGUGUCUGCAGCGGUUCGAGCAGUCCCGCCGGCGGUUUGUGCACUGACUUGGCCCUUUGGCAGGUGUCGCACCUCGAGACGUAAUCCGCGACUUCCCCCCGCAUCUUGGGCCACCAAAAAUCUCUGGCUACUAAUUCUACCGUCUUCUCUUUGCCAAAGUGCCCGGCGGUGGGUGCGUCGUGCAACUGCUGCAGUACUUUCGCGCGGAGGUCGUCUCCCGGUACGUAGAGGGCCCCUCUGCGGAUGAGCAAUCCGUCGCGUAUCUGGAACUCGUCGUCCUCCGCCGUGCCCCUUUGCACCUCUGCCAUCUUUGCUUGCGCGAAGGGGUCCUCCUGCAGUGCGCGCCGUACAGCAUCCAGGUCCACGGUUGCUGAAGCGCACGCCCACGCUUUCGGUGCGAAAAUGUGCUUGGCCGCUGCUGGUGCCGCCUCCUCGAGGUAUUGCGGCUUUCUGGACAGUGCAUCCGCCAUGAUGUUGUUGUCGCCUGGGAUGUACUCUAUCCUGAAGUCGAAAUCCGCAAAGAACUCCGCCCAUCGUAUGUGCCUCUGGUUCAGGAACCUUGCCGUGCGCCAGUACUCCAGGUUUUUAUGGUCCGUGCGGACCUGCACUGUGUGUUUGGCUCCAAUGAGGAAGUGCCGCCACGCCUUGAAUGCUGCAUGAAUGGCCAGCAACUCCCUGUCCCAGAUGGUGUAGUUCUGCUCUGACUUGCUGAGCUUCCUGGAGUAGAAGGCACACGGUCUCCAGUCCCCAUGCGGGUCUUGCUGCAACAGUACUGCUCCCACGGCUCUGUCUGAGGCGUCCGUUUCAACCCUCAUCGGUCUGCUGGGAUUCACAUGCAGUAGCUGCUCUUCGGACGAGAAGAGACGCUUGAGUUUCUGAAAGGACUGUUCCGCUUGCUCCGUCCAGAUGAACUUCUUCUUCUUGGAGCUGAGUGUGUCGGUAAUGGCUGCCGUCUGCAUCGCGAACCCCUUGAUGAACUUGCGGUAAAAGUUGGCGAAACCGACAAACCGUUGGACCUCCUUCCGAUUGCGCGGGCUCUUCCAGUCCAACACUGAGCGAACCUUGGCGCUGUCCAUGGCGAGCCCCUUGUCCGACAACUUGUAGCCCAGGAAAUCUACUUCCUUCAUGUCGAACUGGCACUUUUCCAGCUUGGCGUACAGCCUGUGCUCCUGCAGUCUCUGCAGAACUUCCUUGACGUCUCCCUCGUGGGCCUCCUCUGAUUCUGAAAAUAUCAGGAUGUCGUCCAGGAAGCAGACGCAUUUCUUGUAGAGGAGACCCGCCAAUACGUGAUGCAUGAAGGCUUGAAAACAGUGGGAGCCAUUUUGUAAUCCAAAGGGCAUAACUCUGUAUUCAUAGGUGCCCGGGGCGUGAACAUGGCAGUCUUCCAUUCGUCGCCCUCCCGCAUGCGAAUCAGGUUGUACGCCCCUCGCAGAUCCAACUUUGUGAAAACGCGUCCUUUCCUCACCGUUGCGAGCAGGUCAUCUAUCUUGGGCAUGGGAAAGGCUGUGGGCUUGGUUUUGAGUUCAAAAUUCUAUAGUCCACCACAAGCCUUUUUGGGGCGUGUCCUUCUUCUUCACAAAGAAUACAGGACUGCCCCCACUGCCUUCGACUCCCGGAUGAAACCGCGCUUCAAGUUGAGGUCUAUGAACUCCCUGAGUUCCUGCAGCUCGUCUUCGGACAUGGAAUACAGUUUCACGGUUGGCAGAGUCUCAACUGGCAGGAGGUCAAUCUUGCAGUCAUAAGACCUGUGGGGAGGUAGCUUGUCCGCUUCCUUCUCGCAGAAAACCUCCAAAAACGCUGCGUACUUGAGUGGCACUGCUUGCAGCGUGCCUAAUUGUAGCUGCGGGUCAUCCUCUUCCCCUUCCGGGCUAGGCAGAAUGCAAUGUUCCGCACAGUAUGAGGAGCCGAAGGUCAGUUGUCGCUGGUACCACGCCAAUGCUGGGCUGUGCCUGUGCAGCCAACUCAUGCCUAAUACUAUAGGCGUGUCCGACAGUUGGGUGACAUUGAAGCUGAUGACUUCUCGGUGAUUCCCAAUUUGCAUCACCAUCGGAGGCGUUUGCUGCACCACCUGCGCCCAGCAAUUCCCUGCCAUCCACCGUGACAACUUUCAGAGGCAGCGUGGCUGGCAGGAGUGCUAUGUUGUGCUCUUGAAGGAAAUCCAGUCCUAUGAAGUCUGCGUUACUACCAGAGUCAAUGGUAAUCGGCACUUCCAUAGUGAGUCCAUUGGGUAGUUGGAGCGAUGCUGUGAGCUGCACCACUGGUUUGGGCGGGAGGGGGUCUGUGGGCUGCAAAAUCUCUGGGGACGGCUUCAUUGACUUGUCUGGUUGGGCCCCAGUGCCUCUUCCUCCAACCAGACUCUGUCGUUUCCCUGCUGUGUUUCUCUCUGCUGAGUUGCUUCUGUUACUGUUGCUGAGGCUGCAGUGUGCUUGUGGAGCCUCUGGGGACACUCUUUCGCCAUGUGCUGAGCACUGUCGCAGAUGUAGCACUUCCUGUUCCCUCUAGGAGGCUUCGCUUUGACUGCUCCCGGUGUUAAGGCUCUGGUUGUUGACUGAGCCCUGGCGCCUCCAAUCUCCAUCGGUUGCUCUCCCCCUCCUUGCGGAGGUGGGGAUUGCACACGCGCUGUAUCCUUGGGAAAGGGGGAGGUGCUCUCACUGGCGUACGUCCCCAACGUCCUUCUUCUCUGUUCCAUGGACGUUCUUCCAGACGCACCCCAAUUUGCAGCGCCCGCCGGACAACCUCCUGAGUGCUCUUUGGUCUCUCCCCCCUUGCAAUCUCAUCUUUCACAUUUGCAUUCAAGCCUUCCCAAAAAAGGUCUCUGACUGGGGCAGAAUCCUUCUCCCAUCCCAGCGCAUGGACUAAUGCAAAAAAGCGGGAAUGGUACUGCCUUACACUGGCUCUGCCUUGUUUGAGCCCAUGUAUGUCUUUUCUGGCGAUAUCAAUGUCUAUAUUUGAUAAAAACACGAAUCCAUCGCUUUAAUGAAUGCAUCCGCAUUUUGGAGCGCCGGAUCCUUAUCUCUCCACAGAUUGCGCAGCCACGCUUUAGCUUCCCCAUGCAAAUGGGACAAGAUAAACCCCACCUUCUCUUGCUCAUCUCUAAAGUCUUUAUCCAGCAGUUCCAGCGCAAACAGCACGUCUGCUCGGAAGUUAGGGUACUGCUGCAAAUUCCCAUCGAAAUGAGAUACCAGGCUGCCUCCUCUUUUCCCCAGCCCAAUCCCCUCUGAUUUGGGUCCCGGUUGCCCCUGCUUAGCAAGCACUUCCAACCUGGCUUGGAGAUCCCUGCAGGCGGCAGCCGCUUCCUCUUCCCUUUUCCUGGAUGCGAGUACCUCCGCGUUGAGUUGUGUCACUGCAUUUUGCAGGGCUGCUAGUUGCUGUUCUGUAGUCAUCUUGCCUGACUUUUGUGAGCUCGCAAAGCACCAAUCUUCUUCCCUCGCUGCGUCCACUCACGUUACGAGGUUUUUGGUGCAAAACUUUAGGAGAUGGAGCUUACUGUCAGAGCUGGCUCCAGGUCCCAGCUCACAGAGGACCAACGCUAGCCGGCAGUAAUGUGCAAAAGUCUUUAUUGAAGUACAGUUUCCAUUUUCAAGCCGGAGCGCCCCAGCUCUACGUCUAGGGGUUAGAUCGGCGAAGCUCCAUCUGAGUCUCCGCCCCCUGUACACCAGUUUAAGAUUCUAGCCUUACUCCACCUCUUACGUCUCUCCUUUCUCCUCUGGGUCCUGCUACCCCCCGGGGUCCCUUCCUUCCUGGAUUCUUCUGACGCUGACCCUCCUGACUCCUCCCCCUCUUUUCGGCGGGCUUUGGGACCUGGCUCCCUAUCCGGGCUGCCAACUGCGCCGCCCUCCUGUACAUUUGAACUUGGCGCGCGCGCCCAGCCUUCAACCUUCCUCUCGACCGUUUCCUCGCUCCCCGAUGGAGGCGUGGCCAAUCCUGACUCAUGUCCUCCCACUGGCAGUGCGCCGCCUGAUCCCGAUGCCUGGGACUCCUCCCCCCUACUGCACUCUGGUGUGGACGCUGGUCCUGAUUUCCAACUGCUGCUCUCUGAGUCCCCUCUGGCCCCUUCUUCCUGGGGUGUCCCCCUCGGCACCCCCUUGCUCUGACCAAGGGAGCCCCUUUCUGUGAAUCUUCCGAUUCGCUGGAAAGACUCAGAGACCUCGGACCGCUGUCAUCGCUAACAUUUCCUUCGGACUCCUCCCCCUCGCUCUCUAUUUCCUCCCUUUCCUGUGCCUCUGCUCCUGAACCCCUGACAAGUAUUUAAUAUUAUGAUGAAUAAUUCUGAAGAAAAAGGAUGCUGUAAGAACAAUCAGAAAAAAAAUGUGUUGAUUCAGAUUUUAAAAAUGUGUUUUAUCUAUGAGGAGCACUUCCAGAAGUAUAAUAUUUAAUGAAAAUGUUUCAACCAUGUGCUCCAAAAAAAUAAGUAUUUUAAUGCAUGAGGAGAUGUCGUGGUGGUGUGAUGAUUUUCUGGAUAUGGGAGGAGCAGAAAAAGCAAGAGGGCCAGAGGGCGUCUUAGAAAAUGAAGGUUGAAACGGGGUGCUGCAGAAGAGAAGAGAUUAGACCCAGGGAAAUGAAGGAAACUGAAAAGAGUGAGGAAGUUUGCAGCAACUUGAAAAAAUCGGCUAUAUCCAUUGGUGCAGAUCUCUUAACAUUAUUGUGACAUCACUCUGGUUAUAUUUAUGUUGAUUGUUUAUUUUAUAGCUGAAAGCUAAUCCAGGGCAAGUAAGCAUGUUAUUGCAGCUGCCUGUGCUGUGGUGCCCUUUCUGGCCAAUUCAUUUUAUUUAAAAGCAUUUCUAAACCACUUACUAAUAUUUAAAAAUCUCUAUAAACAGUGUACAAAAACAAAACAUUAAAACAGGAACAUAAAAACAGGGACACAAUCUAUGGCAUAUUUUUAGGGAGUGUACACAUUUUUUGGCCAGGGGUGGGGAGGCAGUGUUCCUCCAUACGUUGUUGAACUUCGAUUCCUAUCAGUCCUUUGUUGCAGUUGAUGGAAGUAAUAUAGUCCAGCAACAUCUGGAGGACCUCAGGUUCCUCAUCCCUGUAUUAGACCUAUUAUUAUUAUUAUUAUUAUUCAGAUUUCUUCUUGGAGCAGAAUAAGGCUGGGAUUACAUGUGUCCUAGAUAGAAGGGCUCAGUGGUAGGCCACAUGCUUCACAUGCAGAAGAUCCCAGUUUGAACCCCACAGCAUCCCUAGGUAGGUCUAGUAAAGGCUCCUCUAUCUAGAACCCUAGAGAACUCCAGUGCUGAUAGACAAUGCUCUUACUGAUUAGCCUGGUUUACAAGCCACAGUAAGCAAAACAAAGACUUACUGGGACUGCACAAAUGUGCCGGCUUCUGGCAAGAAGCUUGCAGCUGCUUUGUUCCUUCCUGGUCUUUCCACUCCCUAAAAAUAGCCAAGGUUUGGCUGACUGUUCUGUCUGAACCUGGGCUCUCUUCUAGCUAGCCAUAUGACCUGUACCUUGUUUGGAUGAGCCUGGUUUGGAUGAAAUGCUUUGCCAAAUCUUUACUUAGCUCAGUGCGGUGCAAGAGUAAAAAAAGACCACAAAGGAACAAGGUGAAUUUAAGCUACUCUCUGGAAUCCCUACAACUUUGUGCAGUACUGGUAAACCAUAGUUAUCUUGAUGUGUGAACCAAGCCACAUGUAAUGUACGGAGGAACUGCCAUUUCAAAGCAAGUCAACUUCAGACCAUGACCUAUGAAGCCGAUGGGUUUAACCAGAGUUUGUUUUAAGCCAGCAUUCCUGAUUCAUACUAUUUAAGGAGCUGACUGGGGGAGCCCAGUGCUUUGUUCUACCAUUGCUUAGCAUUAAUUUAUCAGCAUGGGUAGUAUAAAGCAUUUUCCUGUGUUCCUUUGUGUGGCUGCUGCUUUCAAAUGGUCUGUUUCAGAGACAUGCGCCACACUGUGAUGCAAUGACAAAAGUAAAGUGUCCUAGAUGUUACUGGUAGGAAGAAAGAAGCAGACACAAUUUUGGAGGGACUAGAGGCCACGGAUAUGUUGCAGCAUCUAGUUACUGUCCUGUUAGUUAAGAACAAAAACAAAAAUAGUACCAUAUAACUUGGUCCCAUUUGUUCAGCUGUUCUAUCCCAUCUUAGAAUUGGUGUCCUCAGUGUAUUAAAAAUGGAUAAAGGCUGAGAUUUUAAAUUAGAAUUCUUAUUUAUAUUUUUGGGGGCUAUGCUCACCUGAGUUCAGCUGGUAUUUCCAAGCUUAUCUUGAUAAGUUUAAGUUGACUGGAUUCUCCCCUCCCACACCUUCAACAAAACUCAGGGAGUUGGCAUGGUGUUUAAAGCAGCCACAAUUGGUUUCUAUUGCUUUGUUAUCUAGAAAAUGAAAUGCUGUUUGCAUUUGCUCUCCCCCCCACCACUCCAGAUAAUGGCGUUACAUCCACGGAGAGUUCGAUUGAAACCCUGGCUGGUAGCUCAGGUAGACAGUGGUAUGUAUCCCGGUCUCAUAUGGCUUAACAGGGUUGCAAAGCGAUUUCAGAUCCCUUGGAAGCAUGCGACUCGGCACAGCCCUCAACAUGAAGAGGAGAACACAAUUUUUAAGGUAAUGAAAUAAUUCCAUUCCACUUUGGAGAGCCAGUGUAGAUGAACUGGUAGUCAUGGACUAGUGAAAUCCAGAUUCAUGUUCAGCCAUGCACUAACCUUGGUCAAUCAUUAUACUGUCUCACAGAGUUAUUACAGGGAUAACAUAGAAAAAAACCCCACCCUUAUUUGCCAUCCUGAGCUCCUUAGAGGAAGGGUGGGAUGCAAAUGUAAUAAAAAGUAUUACAGGUGACUUGCAGCAGCUAAGACCAUUGUUUGCCAGCACCUUCUGCUUCAUAGUCCAGGAGGAUCACUGCUCCAAAUGAAUAUGUGUUUGCCUCCACUUCUUCCGUUUAGAAGGCUAAUGCAUUUCCUAGUGUUCAUUUGUUUUGUUCAUGUGAUAGCAGUUGCUUUAACCUGGACAUCAUGGCAUGCCACUGUAUUCUGUUAUUGAAUGGUGUUUUAGUUACCAUGGGAUCAAAUUGGUCAGUUGUGCUUUUAAAGCAAAUAUGAUCCUGUGAAUCUGUGAAGAGGAGAUAUGCAGCACCAUGAAUGUGUGCUCAGAUCAUAAUACGACUUGUACUGGGAAAUACUGUGGCAAAGCAAUGUGAAAGAGGUUGUUCUAUUUAUAUCAUUCAUAUUUCAAGUACUUGUGGGAUAGAGAGAUGCCUCGAUAGUUUCCGCAAUCAGUUCUGUCACCUUUUUUAAAGAGAUUGAUAAUUUUGGCGUAAUGCUGGUGGUCAACAGAAAAGGUUUAAAGACUGUCUCAAGGCAAAUCUAAAAAAAUGUAGUAUAAACACCGACAACUGGGAAACACUGGCCUGUGAGCACUCCAGUUGGAGAACAGCCUUUACCAAAGGUGUCAUGGACUUUGAAGACACUCGAACUCAGGAUGCAAGGGAGAAAUGUGCUAAGAGGAAGGCAUGCUUGGCAAAUCCACACCGUGAUCAACUCCCGCCCGGGAACCAAUGUCCCCACUGUGGAAGGAUGUGUGGGUCCAGAAUUGGCCUCCACAGUCACUUACGGACUCAUUGUUAAAACCGUGUUUCUGGAAGACAAUCUUACUUGGCUACGACUGAUCGCCAAAGAAGAAGAAGAAGACUUGUGGGAUACAGCUUCCUCCCUCCCAAUCAGAUGCUUUUGCCUUAUCAUCACUCUGUGUACUCUGUGCUCCUGCAGAGUUGAUUUUCCUGUCCUUUAUCUGGUUGUUGACUGUUUCUCUUUGAAGGUAGCUCUUUAGUGGCUUCCCUUCUGAGAAUCAAGGUUCUAGUUAUCUACUUCUUAAGUCUUCCUCUCUUCUCAAGUUAAGAGUCCUGUAGCAUGCCAGCUGAGUCCCGUAAACCUGCAUAGACUUGCACUGCACAAGGCUCUUCUAGUUUAUUGCUGUUGCUUUUUGACCUUGUUCUGAUGAACUGUUUAUAUGUUGGUUCUCAGAUUGAACUGAAUUUGAUGCAGAAAUUAUUUUAGAUCAUUUUAUACGUUCUGGUAGCAAACUCCUAGGCAUUUUUCAAUGGCUACUAUUUUAAGGAGAAUUUUACAAGCUUUCUGUGUUAAAAGAUUUUGUUGGAAGAUUCUUGAGCAAAGCCAUGCUUUUGUGGUGGCUCUCUACCUGUGAAAUGCUCUUCCUGUGGAGGCUCGCCUGGCACCUUCCUUACAUAUUUUUAGGCACCAGACAAAAGCAUUCCUCUUCUCUCAGGCUAAGUAAACAAUCUAUGGCCUUCUAUAUGAGAGGGUUGUUUGUUACUCUGUUAUGUAUUUUUUUGUUUUUAGAUUGUAAACCGCCCUGUGAUCCUCAGAUGAAGGGUGGUAUAGAAAAUUAACGAAUAAUGUUACCAGGAUAAAUCUGGGACCUUAAUCCCAUAUACAAACAAACAAACAAACAAACAAAUAAAUAAGAGAGAGCCUGGUUUGCCAUUAGGUUGGGUUCCUUUAGACACAAUUGGGCGGCCUCUAUUGGAAUGGUCUGUCAUACCAUGCAUAAAAAUUGGUUUGGAUAAUCCUAAAAUGAUUUGUGCUGCUUUUAUCUGUUUGUGUUGGGGAAGGGAAAAACAGUGCCAGUCAUGUCUGGCUGACUAGCUGCUGCACUAAGUAUUUACUGCCUAGACUUAUGUGAUAAAUGCAAGUUUGUUUGGUAGCAUGAUUCAACAUUAGCUGGCAUGAUGACAGUACUUAACUGAGCAUGAUGUACUUUGCUCCCAGGCCUGGGCUGUGGAAACAGGAAAGUAUCAGGAAGGAGUUGAUGAUCCUGACCCUGCGAAAUGGAAAGCCCAGCUCCGGUGUGCUCUCAAUAAAAGCCGGGAAUUCAACCUGAUGUACGAUGGCACCAAAGAGGUGCCAAUGAAUCCUAUUAAAAUUUAUGAAGUGUGUGACAUUCCACAAUCCCAGGGAGCAAUAAUUAAUCCAGGUGAGAUGCACAGUGACUCUGUUGGUUUUUAAGGAAGUCUGGUAACAGGAAGUCUUCUAUAUGCCAUGAUGUUAUGUUGUUAGUGACUCCUGCUGGGUAACUCGUUUUUAAUUGAGUAAGCAUUUCACCUUCUCAUUUGUGCAAGGUAACUAACACAAAGUGAACUGGAGGUGACAGUUCUGCCUAGUCAAGGUUGCUUUCUGCUCACCCACAAAUUCAACACAGGGAUGUUAUUAAUUGUUCAGCUUUCUGUUUUGCUUUUAAUCAAGUCUAAAAGAGAAAAGAUUUCAGGGGAAAGCUUUGAAGAUCAGGUGCAUGCUACUAAAAGCCAGAAGCAAGAGGGAAAAAGGCAUGGUGUCUGGGCUUAACGGCUUUCAGUUCUUCAUGGUCUUCCUUUCCCUUGUUCCCUCUUUUGCACAUUGUCCCUAAGCAGGUAUUCUAAUAAGAUGGCAGUCUUUAAAAUUCAAUUCUUCCAGAAAUGAGUGUUUCAUUAAAUGAAAUUCACUGGAAAUUUCUCCUGCAUGUUUACCAUUGAAAGAAAUGGACCUCACUGGGCACAUGUAUGUGUACCUGGUAGAAACAUUUUUUGGACUUAGCUGUUGGAUGCAGAAGGCUAGCAGGUUCUGGCCCUCUGUGCACCUUUGUUCAAACCAGCUGAGAGGUUGGAUGAGGCCGGUUGUGGGAUUCUGGUUGGAUAGUACAAGGGCUGGGAGAGAGUUGCUUCAUGCUAUCAUGUCUUCCAUGCAUAAGCUGAGAAGCAUGAAAAGACUAUUGGCUCUGGAGCUAUGAAGCAAACCAAAUAGUACUUGGAAUAAAAAUCCCCAGGAAAGAGAUGUUUGUACACAGGGCUACUAGUAGAAUUUUUCUGUGUAACUUCUGUGGGUCACACAAAUGUCCAUUCCACUUCUUUAUUCUCUUCAUUUGAUAAAAUUCCAUAUUACUUGCUAAUUCUCCAACUGCACUUUUCCUACAGGUUCUACUGGUUCCGCUCCAUGGGAUGAGAAGGAUAAUGAGCUUGAUGAUGAAGAUGAGGAUGAAUUAAACCAGCCUCAAUCUCAUGUAGCUAUUCAGGAUACCUUUCCAUUUCUAAAUAUCAAUGGUUAGUAGAUAGACCCUGGCACAGAGUGCACAUCAAACCCUAUCGUUUAAAUGGCAUUUUCCUCUUCAUUAUUACAAUAUGAAACAACCAUGCUUUCAGAAAACAGUCUUUUAAAAAUCUCUGGAUUGCAGCUCGGCUAGCAGUUGCUUGGCCAGUACGCUGCAGAAAAUGGCAAAAGAAGAAAGGUAAAGUCUGCACUAUAUGAGAAGUACGAGAUUAGUCUGAACUGAAAUAUUCCUAUUGUUCUGUGUCGAUAUGUUCAUACACAUGCUGUCCUAAAGCUAGCUAGGUGUGAAGGAAAAGGCCAUUCCUUUGAAAUCUGUGCUGCUGUCAUGGGUUGAACUGGGCCCUUGAGAGUUGUGAGGCCGACUGGGGCAGGGUGUGGAGAGAUAUUUGUGCCUUCCCCUUUGGUUCCACUGAUGCUGUUCCAAGUGGGGCAACAGGCUGUUGCAGCGGCUCCCAACAAAAUAUUAAAAAUAGAAUCAAACAUUAAAAACUUCCCUAAACAGGGCUGCCUUCAGAUGUCUUCUAAAAGUCAGAUAGUGUUGUUUAUUUCCUUGACAUCUGAUGAGAGAUCAUUCCACAGGGCUGGUGCCACUACUGAGAAGGCCCUCUGCCUGGUUCCCUGUAACCUAACUUCUCACAGGGAGGGAACCGCCAGAAGACCCUCAGCACUGGACCUCAGUGUCAGAGCUGAACAAUGGGGGUGGAGUUGCUCCUUCAGGUAUACUGGGCCGAGGCUGUUUAGGGUUUUAAGGGUCAACACUAACACUUUGAAUUGUGCUCAGAAACGUACUGGGAGCCAAUAUAGGUCUUUCAGGAUCGGUGUUGUAUGGUCUCGUCAGCCACGCCCAGUCACCAAUCUGGCUGCCGCAUUCUGGAUUAGUUGUAGUUUCCGGUCACCUUCAAAGGUAGCACCACAUAGAGCUCAUUGCAGUAGUCCAAGCGGGAGAUAACUAGAGCAUGCACCACUCUGGCGAGACAGUCUGUGGGCAGGUAGAGUCUCAGCCUGCGUACCAGAUGGAGCUGGUAAACAGCUGCCCUGGACACAGAAUUGACCUGCGCCUCCAUGGACAGCUGCGAGUCCAAAAUUACUCCCAGGCUGCGUACCUGGUCCUUCAGGGGCACAGUUACCCCAUUCAGGACCAGGAGUCCGCCACACCAGCCCACCCCUGUGCCCAAAAAACAGUAUUUCUGUCUUGUCAGGAUUCAACCUCAGACUGUUGGGCACUAUGCCAAGACCUCACAAGUCACUGUGACAGUCACUUAGCUAGCAUUCUAAUAAGAGGGUUCAUUCCCACAGUGUAGCAAGAGCAGACACACCUUUUUGCCCAGUGUGUAGCCUAUAAUGAUGAUGCAGCUUUGUAAGUCUGUUCCUUGGAGUGUGGUUCUGGUUUAACAGGUUUUAACAGUAAUAUUGUCUCAGUAGACACAUUUGCAUAAAUUUCCCAUGAACCAGACCUUGUUUAAAGUUAUAUUUUGAUGGUGAUGUGUUUUGAAAUUAUAUUACUAAUCCACAAAUGGUGUUUAUUAUGGUGCCUUUUAUAGUAUACACUUUUCAUUCAAUGAACCUUUUUAAAAUGUUUAUUUUCUCUUGCAAUCUAAUUGUCUGUCUGGUGCAUCUCUACCAAUAUUAAUUCUUUGAUCUCAUAAUGGGGUACAUAUUUUACUAUCUAGUAAACUGUUCAGUUAUAAGUCAUAGGCGAGUUCACUUAUUAUUGCAUAGGGGGGAGUUUUCCUUCAGUAAGUUUGCAAAGGGCCUAGAGACUGAUCUUUCUUUUUCUGUGUACUCUUUGAAAGACAUUUUAGGUCAAGUUGGGACAUGUUGGCUGUGAUGUUAGAAUUACACUGGAGAAAUCUGAGGGCAUUGACCAUUGUGUUCAGUAAAGGAAGUUGCUUCUGAUUAACCUUGCCAAUUAUUUCCAAGAUCCUAUACUUUUUACAGCAGGAAUGCCAGGCAUAAGUUUUUGAGUAUAUUUUGUACAGAAAGAUGGGAUAAAUUAUUAAGUGAGAUAACUCCUGUGGCCAUAUCAGGACUUUAGGGGGUCCCAAUGUGUCUUCCAGCAGUUCUUCCAUGCUCCAUACAUUAUUAAAUUAACUUCAGAACUGGGAAGAUGGUGUCUUUCCCAGGCAAAGCACUAACCACUCAGAGCUGCUGUUGGAUUCCACAGCAGUUGGUAGAAUCCAACAUUGUGCAAAUGGCUUUCUGCUUGCGUAGUGGGACUUCACCUUCCUCUCCCUGCACCCCCAAAUGUGCUCUGUAGGAUCCAGGGGGCUGCACUGGAGAGGAUUAGGUUAUAUCUCCUUUCCUAUGUAUUGUUAUAAGUAUUACAUUUUUUGUUACGUUCAUAUUAUAAAUGGUUAAACAUAGGUAACUUACCCAAUCUGCAGGGGGCUUUUUUAAUUUUCCCAGUGCUAAUGUCUAAUUGAGGCAAAUUGAUAGUUCAGUGUUAAGGUCAGUUGGAAUUGGCAGUUUUAGUGAACAUUUAUAGCCUGGCCCUAGGGCAUCUGCUGGAUAGGGGAUUUUGUUCUCCAGUCCUUUUGACUGUGACACGCUUGCUUUAUAAAUGCAACUGGGGGGAAAGGAGGAAGAGCUGGUGGUUCUGCCCAAUUUAAUUUAUAAACCGAGUUCCUAGAGAUCCUCACUCCAGUUUACAGAAGUAUGAGCCAUGGAUCCCCACCCACCCUUUCUUGGCAUAGCAGUUGCACCAUCUUGAUCACCAGUGCUUUUCAAGUCAUUUGUUAAAAACCUGGGAAAUGAACUGUCUAGAGUGGUCUUCAACUCAUGGGCUGGGACCCAUUGCUGGGUCACAGUUUGACCUGGCGUGCAGCAGCACAACCACCAUUCAAAUGUAUGGCAAAAAAUUAAGUGGACCCCCAAUUGCAUGUGUGGGCUAAAGGUGAAGCCUUGGUUGGAAAAGAUUGAAGCCUAUUGAUCGAGAGCGUACAUUUAGUGCUGAUAUCAUGUCAUUACUGUGCUUGGAGCUAGAUAAUGCAAGCUGCAUUCUUGCUUCUUACCAAGAUAUUACUUACUGGGGGGGGGGGGGGAGCUGUAACCACUGGGGUUCCUUUGCUGAUUGAAGGUACUUGAUCCAGUGGAGGCUUCCAGCAGCAGAACAAAGAACACUCUUUCUGUUGAUUCUUCCCUUCUCCUGCAACUCCUUUGACCACCAGCUCCAAACUGCUUCAGAGGGUUGUGGGCCCUUUUAGAGCAGUGUGGGAGGUGCUGCAGAGGGAGUCGGAAUGAACAAAAGUUGCCUCCCUUUCCAUUCAACUGAUGGAAAUCUCUGGACACAAGCCAGAGUAUCCAAGCUUUCAAGUUCUAUUUUGUCAGACUGAAUAAAAAGGAAGAUAAAUUACCAUUGGUAGGUUGAAUUCUUAGCCACAUAAAGUAGUUGAGCUAUGCUUGCCAUUCCAGUAUGAGAAGUGUCCAAGUGACAUCUUGAACUGUAAUUUUUAAAAUGUCAGCAGUCCCUCAGGAAAUAAUAAUAAUAAUAAUUUAUUUAUACCCCACCCAUCUGGCCGAGUUUCCCCAGCCACUCUGGGCAGCUCCCAAUCGAGUGUUAAAAACAAUACAGCAUUAAAUAUUUAAAACUUCCCUAAACAGGGCUGCCUUCAGGUGUCUUUUAAAGAUAAGAUAGCUGCUUACAGUGGUGCCCCGCAAGACGAAUGCCUCGCAAGACGGAAAACUCGCUAGACGAAAGAGUUUUCCGUUUUGGAGGUGCCUCGCAAAACGAAUCUGCUAUGGGCUUGCUUCGCAAGACGAAAAUGUCUUGCGAGUUCCUGGUUUUUUUUUUUCCUUUCCCCCCUCUUUUUCUAAGUCACUAAGCCGCUUAUCUGCUUAUCCGAUAAACUGAUAAGCUGCUAAAAGCCGUUAAAAGCCGCUAAUAGCGCUAAUAGCGCUAAUCCGCUAAUCCCAUCAAUGGGCUUGCUUCGCAAGACGAAAAAACCGCUAGACGAAGAGACUCCCAGAACGGAUUCUUUACAUCUGAUGGGAGUGUGUUCCACAGGGCGGGUGCCGCUACCAAGAAGGCCCUCUGUCUGGUUCCCUGUAACCUCACUUCUUGGAAUGAGGGAACCACCAGAAGGCCCUCGGCGCUGGAGCUCAGUGUCCGGGCUGAAUGAUGGGGGUGGAGACGCUCCUUCAGGUAUACAGGACCGAGGCCAUUUAGGGCUUUAAAGGUCAGCACCAACACUUUGAAUUGUGCUCGGAAACGUACUGGGAGCCAAUGCAGAUCUCUCAGGAUCGGUGUUGUGUGGUCCCGGCGGCCACUCCCAGUCACCAGUCUAGCUUACAUAAAAUGUACUACUUAUGCUUAGAUUCCCCAAUGGCACCCACCAGUGUGGAGACCUGCAGCCCUGAAGCUGCAUGGCCAAAGAAUGAACCUGAAGACAUCGAGAUGCCUAUGCCUCCUCCGGUUAUGCCCCAUGAUAUGUUCAGCUCUCCUGAAGUCUGGAUUAAUUCUCUUCCAAGUAAGUCUUUUUGUUGACUAUGUCGCUAGAUACAUCUAGAUUGUUGUGUGCAUGUAAAGUCCACAUAGGGAAUAUACUACGUAUUGCAAAAACAUGCUGAACGUGCACCGUUUCCCCCCUGCAGUUAUUUCUGUUUAGACUGGUGUAGCCCAGACAGCCUUCUGUGUCUGAAAAUGUAAUGUACUCAUUGACAUCAGCAGAUGAACAAAAGAAACCCAGCUGGAAACUGCUGUUGAAUUUGGAAUAGUGUGUGUCAGAAGUAACUUCUUACACUAGAAGCUUGUGUAAGAAGAAGCUUGAGGUGGUAGUGAUCAGCCAUACCAGCUGAUAAGUUUGUGUCUACUGAUCAGUGCUGCAUUCGUGUGAAGAGCAAGCCUCUCUGUGAUAGAUUGAAAAUGAAGUACUGCUGCUGUUAUUUGGUGUUAUCUUGUGAUUACCCUGACUUUGGGAGUUGGCUCUUGGUUUCCUUGGCACUUGUAAGGAAGACUAAUAAUUCUGCCCCUAUUCUGUGCAAAUUUCAUUCAGCCCUAAAAAAGAGCCAUGAUAACCGGAAGAAUAAGAAAUCAAGAUAACAAACUUUUUAUAAAAGAGUGGAAAUGGUUUAUUGAAUAUUUACAGAUAAAUUGCAAACAGAUAAAAACACUGGCAGGAUUAUUGUAAUAACCUGCAGCUUCAUAAGAGUUUAUAUUUAAAGUAGAUAAUUAAAUGAGCAAAUUAAAUGAAUUUGGAUAUGCAGAAGAUAUUAAAAAAUAAAUUUAAGGAACCGCAGAAAGAGGGGGAAGGAAGUCAAACUUUGAAAUGUUAAAAUGAUUGUAAAAUUAAUGAAAUGUAUACAUUUGAAAAGUAUAAAUAAAAACUUUUUUUUUUAAAAAAAGUGCUAUGAUAGACAAUGCAGGCUGUUGGAAUUAUGGAUCCUGUUGCAGUGUCUGAUAUUCUAACAAUAUAUCCUUCUAAUCAAGUGACAGACCUUGAAAUCAAGUUUGAGUAUCGAGGCAAAGAGUUUGGGCCAACAAUGACUGUGAGCAAUCCCCAGGGCUGCCGACUUUUCUAUGGAGAACUGGGUCCAAUGCCAGAUCAAGAAGAACUCUUUGGUCCUAUCAAUUUGGAGCAAGUAAAGUUUCCAGGACCGGAACAGAUCACCAAUGAAAAGCAAAAGCUCUUCACAAGCCGUCUGCUUGAUGUCAUGGACAGGGGGGCUGAUCCUGGAAGUCAGUGGCCAUGCUAUUUAUGCUAUAAGGCUUUGCCAGUGCAAAGUGUAUUGGUCUGGACCGUGCGCACCUUCUGGCACCACACCAAACUUGAUUGAAAGACAAAAAAAAGUCAAGGUGUUCUGCUUGGAAACAUUCUUGAGUGGUGAGUAAUUAUAAUGCUCUUGGUUCACCAUCACAGAGUAGCCAAUAUGUUCUUUUUAAUCCCUGAAACAUUUUGCAUACCUGAUUAUGGUACUGCAGCCCAUUGGGAUUGGGUCCCAACCAGUUAAGUCACCUGGGGCUGUGUCUGGUGUUACUGGUAUGGUGCAGAUAGCAAUUUGUGCAGAACUUGCUGGGCUCACAAUGUGCACCAUAUAGUGUUUGCAUGCAGGCAUUAGUGAAUGGGCAUUGGUUCGAUGUUUGUUGUGCUCUAACAUAGCUGGUUGAAGAGAAGCAAUUCUCCCUUUUUCCUUUAUUUUUUUGCCCCAAAUCAAUCACCAGAAGGCAUAGGUGUGGUUGAAGUUCUCACCUAUGGUCAGUGAAGUGGAAUCCCUUAUAUUUGUUAUAGUAUACAGGGUCAAAGGGAAAACAGCAUUGAUAGCUAAUAUCAUUAUGGCAUCUCUAGACAAAAAGAUUAUGGGAAAGAAGAUAGAAAAGAGAGUAGGGGAAUUGGGUUUUGAACUAGAAGAGGCAAUAUGUGGGAAAUAGUGUUGCAUCCAAUAUGUGGGAAAUAGUGUUGUAUAUCACAAGCUUUGCUUUCCCUCCCGCUUAGAACUGAUUGCUCAUCAGAAAGGACAGAUUGCUAAACAACCCCCAUUUGAGAUCUACUUUUGUUUUGGAGAAGAAUGGCCAGAUGGAAAAUCCAAAGACAGGAAACUGAUUGUUGUUCAGGUAAGAGAACAAUGAAUUGCUAAGGAGCGUUAAUUGUCAGAACUUACUGUGAGAACAUUUAGUUGACUCCUAGUUUUCACAAUAUAUAACUAUGUGCCAUUUUAUAACCCAGAAACUUUAAUUCAGCAGCCUAUGCAAAUGUGCACAUUAGCAUGCAUGGACAAUGCAAAGAACAAUGUGUGACGCUAGAGCCCUAGCCACUGGAAGUCCAUUGUCUACAAACAUUUAAGACUUGGGGCAGCCUCGAUAUUUGAAAGCUGGGGUUCUUAUAGUGUUGAACCACUGUACUGAUACCACUUUCAGCACUUGUGCAUUCAUCCACAACACAGACACACUUAUUUGCAAUAUUUAUAGACCGCCUUUCCAAUGAAAAGGUUUUACAGCACUUUAAAAUACAAAUAAAAACCAUUCAUACGAAACAGGGGGAAAUAUAACUGAAGUAAAACUACCUAAAACUACCUAAAAGCAUAGUCUUUCCACUAAUGCCUGAACACCCAAGAGAAUAAAAAAAUAUCAGGGAAGAGAAUGUGGAUGUCCUCUGGGAGAGCCACAUGGCAACUUGGAACAUCUGUUUAAAUAGUCUCGGUCUGAUAGAUAACAACUUUGCCUUCCUCAAAGAAAGAUCUUGAGGUCGGAACUCAUGAGUAUGGCCCUGUGGGGUGUGUAUCUGUAUGCGUUUGGGAGAAGGCACUCCUUGAGUUGCUUAGGACAAGACAAAACCACCAAAAACUGGCACCUCUGAAUUCUGCCCUGAAACAAACUCGUUUCAAUGUAGGUGUUAUGUAAUAGGCGUGAUGUGUUUGUGCCAACCGAUCCAUGUCAGUACAGUGGCACCUCUGAUGACGAACUUAAUUUGUUCUGGAGGUCCGUUCUUAACCUGAGGUACCACUAUAGCUAAUGGGGCCUCCCGCCGCCACCGCGCGAUUUCCAUUCUCAUCCUGGGGCAAAGUUCUUAACCCGAGGUACUACUUCUGGGUUAGCAGAGUAUGUAACCCAAAGCGUUUGUAACCUGAGGUGUUUGUAGCCCGAGGUACCACUGUAGAUGGCCAAUGACCAUAGGUGCCACCUGAGAAUCUAGGAGUAAUGACAGGUCCAGGAGCACCCCCAGGCUAGAACCUGCCCAUGAAGGGACAGUGAUUCCAUCAGUGAUAGGCAUGUUCUUAGCUAACAGGUCAACUGGGUCCCCAGCUACCAUAAGAAUAAUCAAAUAAGUUUGUUGAGUUUGUGCAGUAGUUCAUAAUACUGCUCUUUCAACUUGGCUGCAUUAGCAUCCUAUCUGUCUGCAACCAAUUCUACUUGAAAGGCAGUGCAGACCACAUGGGCCAAAUGUUUUAUCUGAGGCCUGGAUUUUUACAGAUGAUUGGAGCUAACGUCCUGAAUUGGUAGGCAUUUCAGAAUAGUUAGCAGUACAUCUACUCUGCUCGCAUUGUGAGAACAUAUGUUCUUUUAUUUAUCUUACAUCCUUAUCCUAUCUUUCUUCUAUCGUGACUAAUAAUGACUCAAAAUGAAAAUGAAUGCAAGAGUGAAAAUUUUUGUGUGUGUUGCUGUUACACCUUCUACUUGAGCUUUUAGCUUAUUCUUUUCGGAUGCAAUUGAAAAUCCCAUCUGGAUUGCCGCUGCAUAAUUUCUUUCCAAACAGGUAAUUCCAGUUGUAGCUCGCAUAAUCUAUGAGAUGUUCUCCGGUGACUUCACCCGCUCCUUUGACAGUGGCAGUGUACGGCUUGAGAUUUCUACCCCUGAUAUCAAGGACAACAUAGUUGCUCAGCUGAAGCAACUCUACCGCCUCUUGCAAAAUCAUAAUGAAGGCUGGCCAAUGCAGCCACCAAGCAUGGAGAUGGCCCCGCCACUUGCAGCACAGUGAUGACCUGGUUUUACCUAAAUGAGGAAUUAGCUGGAUUAAUGGAUUGUGUGUUUAUAUUUCAAUUAAUUUUAAAUGUAUUUUCAGUAAGUGCAACAGGAAUGUAUUAUGUACAACAUAAUCUGUUUUAAAUUUAUACUUUGCAAAAACUGCUCUGGAUUAAUGCAUGUAGACAAGAACAUUUGUCUAUCCUUUUUCUCUUCAAUUAAUGUAAAUAUAUCAAAUGGCAUUUAAUUUGUGUGUUAAAUGUUACACACAGUUUUCUCUGCAUAUGUGAUCAGCGUUCAAGUGCUCUUUUUAAAAAGUAGUUUCACGAGGCUAACAAAAACACUUUCACCCUAGUUUUCUCUCACCCACUGGCUUGAUAACACAGUCAAAUUUAUUACAUAAAUUGCAUGUUUCUGUAUAUUUUUAUAUAUAAAAAAUAUCCAGUGCUGUUGGCACACAUGUGAAAUGUUAGAAUGAAUGCAAAACAUUUUUUUAGUGGCCGUAAUUCUAACUGUUCAGUAAAACUGCUUUGCAAAGUAGUAGUAGAUUGAGAAGUUAUCUGGAUUUUCCACUGCUAUUUGAUAGUAUUUCCUGUCUGUAUACACUACUGAUGAAUAGUGCAAAAUAAUGACUUAAGUCUUAAAAGGCAUAGUUCUUAUUAAAGUGACUUUACAAUCAGUUGAGCCUGAUCUUACAAUAAAUGAAGUACAGCUAAGGUAUUCAGAUGAUAAUAAAUUGUUAACUGGAAAUCCAAGAAGCUGCUUUUAUUGUAGUUCCACGUUGCAUGCUACAGCUCAGUACAGCGACCGGUGGCGCCUUCUGUUGGACUAAUCCUUGCUAACUUGGAUUUGUCCAAAAAGUCUCCAUUGUUUGUAAGUAUAUCAGAUUGCUAGAAGAUAGGGAAAGCACCAAAGCCCUCUGCUUGCUCUGUGCAGGACCUGUUUGACAUAGAUGUAAGAAGACUGUGGAACCUAGGAAAUUUGAAUACUGUUUGAGAUGUAAUAUAGCUGGCUUUAAAUAUGACAGUGCUUUCGAUGCUAAGCUUUGUUCUGAACUGGUUAAAUGGCUGCAUUUUUGCGUGUUUCUUUCCUCUGCUGGAAAAUGCCUUAAAAUGUCCCAUAAUAAAGUUUCUGGUUAACUAUAACGUUUUCAUGUCUCUUUUACUAGCAAGAGUUAAGUAUGUUUAACUUGCACAUCCAAGAAAACUAGCACUCAGCUCUGUCCUACGUAGCAUUUUGUUUGAAACAUCUUGAAUUGAAUGGAAGGAAAAUACCUUGUGCACUGCAAAUGUUUUCCUAUGGUGGAAUUCAGUGCUAUGCUAUUACAGACAUUCCAUCUGCGCAAGAAUUUCAGCUUGCCAGAUGGAUUGAUCCCCCUUAAUGUGUUGUUCUAGGGGUUCUCCCAGCCCUCUGAGCCAAUUGCAGGAGACGCAUGGAGAGUGUGAAGAUUUUUAAUUUGUGCGCAAUUCUGGACGAAAUGCCGUUAUUUUGUGGUGGAAACAAGGGAAUGUAGAACUGUGGUUGGCAUUUAAAUAUCUGUGUUGGUGCAAGGAUGCAACAGGGCUCCCAUCCUCCCCUGUGUACCCCACACCAUCCCCAAAGCUACCCUAAAGGGUCAGAAGAAUGUUUGGUUGCGCAGGAAAAAAAUCCUUGCACUGACAUACUG